GAAACCUUUUCUAUGAUAAAAAAAAUGCUCAAUUACCCCGCCUUUCUGUCCGUCCAAUCAAAUCAAUUCUCUCCAUAACUAACAGCCCAUUGCUUUCCACUUCAGAUUGAUCCCUCAGUGUCAUGUUGUAACAGGAAAUAGAUCACAUUAAAGAAGUAAUGGGACCUUUAAGCAUGCUGGUUACAUUAUAGAACUGUCGAAACACUGUGGUGGUGCCCCCCUCAGUCAAUACUGCACAUUUUAUUUGGAAUGGAAGUUGGGGAUCUGUACAAAGAAAACACUGGUGUUUUUUCAAGUGCAGCAAAAUAUUCUUCAGGAUUAACAUUUCUACAUCCUGCUGAAUAGUUCCUUGUUUGAGGAAUGUGUUUGUUCAUAUUGUGUAUGCUCUGCAGGUGUGUCACAUAGAGCCAUUUAUGUGUGUAUUUUGUAUAGGCAUGUACAGUAAUGUGUGCAGUGGCAUGUAUAGGGGAUAGCGCGUGUGUAUGUAUGCAUGGGUUGAGCAUGAAUAAUGGCCUGUGCUUUUCAGGUCCACGGGGAAGGACGGAGGAAGAAAGAGAAAGAGGAGGGUAGAGAGAAUGUAUGAGAGGGGGAAGAUGUGAGCUAGGAUGCCAGAGGCGUCACUCAAAAGCCUCAGGGUUUCAAUUUCUGCGCUAGGAAGUGAUAAGGACAAAGAGGCUAAGGGUGGAGAGGAGGGAAGGAGCAAGAGAGAGGGAAGGCGAAUGAGAUGGAGCGAUAGAGACGGAGUGCAAGAAAGAGCCUGAUCAGGCAGAAAAUGUUGUCAUUGGCUCCUGAAUAGAAAGAGAGGAAUCUACUGUAUAUUCAACACCAUCUCUGGAUCCAGACAGAGAUAGGAAAAGCGAGGGAGGGAGAGAUAGAGACAAGAAGAGGGGGUGAGAGAGAGAUUGGUAUCACAUGAGAGGGAGGAGAGUAAUAGCAAGGUGAAGGGAGGGAGCAAGAGGACUAACAACACUGAAAGCACUGAUAGGGGCGCCAGAGGCAAGGAAGGAGCAAUCGAGAAAGGGAGUGGAAGGAAGGAGAGCAGCACAACAGCCUUAAUAGAGUGGUGUGCUGAAUAACAGUGGAAGAACAGGAGAAAGAGAAGGAGAAAAACAUCAGGAAAAAGAAGAAGACACUGAACUGGGAAUGAAAAAGUAACAAGAAAGAAGGAAAGAGCUGGGAGCCAAAGAGCUCAGAUAGUUGAACACCAGACAGAUGAAAGUGUUUUCUUCCUAGGAGGAGCUGUAAGUUUGGGUUUCUGCACGUGUGUGUGUGCUUCAUAUAGAUGGAGACAGAACACCUGCUAUUCUGAGAUGAUGGGGUGUAACAAUUUCCAGCUUGUGUGUUUUGGACUGUCUCUGCAGCAUUUUGUCUACCUUCAUGGCGUUUGACCUUCCUUAGUCAGCAAGCAGAGUGUGACUGCAGAGAGAAUAAGAGCGAGAAAGAAGGAGAGGUGGGGAGAGGGAGUGUCUACGGGUAAAAAGAGCGAGAGUGUUAAAGUGGAAUAGUAGCCGAGGGAGUUGCAUUGUGAUUAGUGUGCCUGUGCAGUCUGCACUGUCCUCCCAAGACCUGUUCUUUACUGUAUGGGGUACUACUUGAGAUACAGAGACAUCCUAAAGAUUGGCUUGUGCCCAGAAAGCUUUGACCCUCAAUCAGCUACAACUCCUGAAGCCUGGGUCCCACCCAGACAUGUUGACUGGACACUAAGACUGGACUGAAGUGGUUUCAACUCCUCGACAAGGCCCGGUUAUUUUUUUUUCCAUCUAUUUGUGAAAUGUAUUUUUUAAUCGCACUUUCAACUGUAGUGCUUUGAAUCCUCGGAAACAAUGGAUAUGUCAGGCAACCCCCAAGGGUGCUCUGCUCGUGCUCCCAGUGUGGGAGACUCAAGGAUGGGUGAGAAUAGAAUUGGAGAGGGGAUGAGAACGGGGGAGAGAGACACCCCACUGAGGCUGUCACCUUUCCGUAUGCUUCGGGUUCUGGACUCAUGCCGUCCUCCAGGAAACCGUAUUGGUAUCGUCCAUGAGAAUGUGAAGAUGGGUUCAGAUGGGGAGAGCGACCAGGCAUCUGGGACAUCUUCUGAUGAGGUCCAGAGUCCAGUCAGGGUCCGUAUGAGGAACAACCACCAUCGGCGCAUCUCUAAUGAGGACAUAAACAAACGUUUGUCUCUCCCAGCUGAUAUCAGACUACCGGAGGGCUACUUGGAGAAGUUUGCCAUGAACAGCCCGCCCUUUGACAAGCCCAUGAGCCGCAGGCUACGACGCGCUUCAUUGUCUGAAAUCGGCUUUGGGAAACUUGAGACCUACAUCAAACUGGACAAACUAGGGGAGGGGACCUAUGCUACAGUGUUCAAGGGGCGAAGCAAGUUAACAGACAACUUAGUAGCUCUGAAAGAGAUCCGACUGGAGCAUGAGGAGGGAGCACCCUGCACAGCUAUCCGAGAAGUGUCUCUACUGAAAGACUUGAAGCAUGCCAAUAUUGUCACUCUCCAUGACAUUAUCCACACUGACAAGUGCCUGACACUCGUGUUUGAGUACCUGGAAAAAGAUCUGAAGCAGUACAUGGAUGACUGUGGGAGCAUCAUGAGUGUUCACAAUGUCAAGAUAUUCCUAUUCCAGCUGUUACGAGGUCUGGCGUAUUGCCACAAAAGGAAGGUCCUCCACAGAGACCUCAAACCGCAGAACCUGCUCAUCAAUGAAAAAGGAGAACUCAAACUGGCAGACUUUGGUUUGGCACGAGCCAAGUCUGUUCCUACAAAGACCUACUCCAACGAAGUAGUGACAUUAUGGUACCGACCACCAGAUGUGCUUCUAGGCUCCACUGAGUACUCUACACCCAUCGAUAUGUGGGGUGUGGGCUGCAUCUUUUAUGAAAUGAUCACUGGCAGACCUCUCUUCCCUGGAUCGACUGUGGAGGAUGAGCUUCACCUCAUAUUCCGCAUCCUUGGUACUCCUACAGAAGAGACUUGGUCUGGUAUCACCACCAGUGAAGAGUUUAAGACGUACAAUUUUCCCCAAUAUAAGGCGGAGCCCCUCGUCAACCACGCACCCAGGAUAGACAGCGAUGGCCAUGAAUUGCUCUCGAUGCUUCUGCAGUUUGAGGCUAAGAAGCGGGUAUCAGCUGAGGAUGCUCUCAGACAAUCGUAUUUCAGAAGCUUUGGGGAGCAGGUUCAAACACUGGCUGACACGGCAUCCAUCUUCUCUGUAAAAGGCAUUCAGCUCCAGAGAGAUCCAGGGAAGAGAUCCUCAGUCUACCCAGAGUCAAUGAUGGCCCAUAAGCUAGGCUCCGCACCCUCGCAGUACUUCCAGAGAGAAGCAGCCAAUCCCAGGGUUCAGAGUCAUAAUCUCUCCUCCACUUCCACUGGCUGAGUGGCCCCUACCGUUCUGCCCAGGGGAAGAGCAGGAGGCAGAGUGUGUUGUUUUAGUGCUGGCGGGGGCGCUGAGGUGAGGAGGACAGUGACACAUGGAGCUGUCCUGUCAGACAUACAUUCACUGACCCUGCCACACACACACUGAAGGAGCGACACACACCCUGCCACACAAACACACACACUGAAGAAGAAAACACACACACACACACACACACACACACACACACACACACACACACACAUACAACAACAUGGAAACAAAACCACACAGAACUAAGGCUGAAGAAUCCAUAUGUAACUACAAAAAAAUAGAACAGUUCAACCCUAAAGACAGAAAAAAUAAAAAAAAAUGAGAGAAGUGCGUGAUGCUGGAAGAAAAGUGGGAGAGUACCAGAUUCUCCUUGCUGCUACUACGACUGCUGUCCAGUAGAGGGCAGCGUUUAGGACAUGGGCUGACUCGUCGUAUCAGUGAGCUGUGAGGAAGAAGGAGUGGAAAGUGGACAUGAUUCAAAGGCAAAGAAAGAGAGAGGAAACCUGUCACUUUCUCUUGUGCGUUCCUUUUUUUGGUCGGACUGUUGUACAUAAAGAGACUGAGCUGUAGAACUGCUUUUUCAUAACACGCCUCAGCCUGAAUCCAAACUCUGAAUAUUGCACCUCAACCCUAAAACCCUCGCCUAACCUUGUGGCCCUUUAUUACAUGAUCUUUAAAACAACAAACACUCUCUCUCUCUCUCUCUCUCUCUCUCUCCUUCUCUGUCUUUCUGUAUCUCUCUUAAAUACACACAAAUAAACAUACACUGAUGGUUCACUUGAAAGUUAAGAGUGUGUAGAUCAAUGGAGUUUACAGAGAAACUUUAGCACCUUAUUGUCCAGUAGAGGUCAGGGUGGCUGUCAUUACCUUACCUCAUCAGACACUCAAGCAGAGUAGGAUGUAAAGUACAUGCUAGAUAUUAGAAUGAAGAAGAAUCAAAGUAACAAACCAAAAAAGAGAAACAACAACUCACUAACCAUAGGACAGAUGUAUUUACCUUCACCGGUGGAAUUGGACACUUCACAACACUACAAUUAAAAAAAACUCGAACCAGUAGUAGACAAUAAUUACAUUUGUCACAUGCUCACAUGUUGUAAAGAACACUAUGCUGCAAGGCACUCCUGUUUGAGUACACAAGAAGGACAACCUGUAAGGACAGAGAGGUAAAGGAAGUGUACAAAUCCUCACCUGCUUAUUCUUAGACACCCCCUUCCUCUUUUGCCUUGACUCAGAACUUGUCUUGAUUUGUUGUGUGACGUACAGGUGUUGAUGUUGAAAUGUUCUCUUUGCACCAGAUUUUUUUUUUUUUUUACCUCUUUAGAUCAGUAGAACAUUUAACAACCCCAAACCUCUCCUGCCCAACUCCACAUGCAUUUAAUUUUACUCUUUUUUUUUUCUUUUUUUUUUAAAAACUGUAUAUAUGAUCAUACUUUUUACUUGUCAGAAGCAAUGAUAAUUCCAGGAUGCUGUUCUCAGUCUUUACUGUGUUCCCACCGGAACAGUGUGGCGACUGGCUGGGGACUUGUUGCACAUUCCUUGAGCUCAGGACUUAUUGCUAUUGUCGUUUUGUGGAUGCUGUGAGGUACAGCUGGUCUCGUAUGUCUCCCCAGUAGAGCAGAGUACGUCGAACGUGGCCUGAAACUCUUUGCAAAGCUGGUUCAAACUGUAUGUGUAGAAGAAGAAUCAUUUCUCAGCAUCAACCUGUCAGUCUUCUGUCAUUCAAUCUCUGUUAAUUUGACCAUAAUAUUGCUGUUAAAGUGACUACCUAACCCAUGUCUUUACUUCAUCAUCUUCAAGCAUGUUUGUGUAUUAACCACAACUGUUUUCAGUCGGUAUGUGAAAUAGCUGUGGCUGGAAAAAGGAAUACCUCCACUUGGUUUAAAUCUUGCAUGGGACAUGACCUUAUUAAAUGAUUUUUACACUACAUUAACCUGUAAUGGAUCCUCAAUGAGUCUGAAGACUGUACCUUAAAUAAGAUGAAGACAACACAGUAUUGAGCAACAAUGUGACGUGCUGCCAGCUUUGGGACCAGAUAGUUUGUAUGACAAAUCUGAUUAAACUUUAAGCUGUAUAGUACAGUUUUAGCUGUUACAUAGCCUGUAUAACUGGGCACUAACAUUUAGCAGGACUUCAAGCACUCAGACACGCUGUUGUUUCCUGCCGUUAUUGUUACAGGCUGCCAGAAACAACAGGACCAAAGUCAGCCCUCCAAGCACCAGGUGUUCAAGCACACAACUGUUUCACACACCAAUAAGUUGACAUGUCAACAUGUACUGUAUCUAUGAGAUGGCCUGUGAGUGUAGAUUGGAGUUUCCUGUUCAUCAGGCACCGACCUCGGGUCAUCUUUUUCUGAAAUGGAUUCAGAAAGGGGUGAAGUGAUCCCACGUCUGUGCCUGUCAGAAGGACUACUAAUUUACCCAGAGUGUGACAGGAUGUAGCAUGUACAUAGAUGAUCCCACACUCUGUAUAUACAAAAGUGUACAGGUUUGAUACAGCUAUUCACACACUUUUGUUGCUUUUCUUUAAUGAAAGUCAUAGCAAUAUUUCUGUAAUCAAUAAAAAGCCAAGGUAAUAGGA